UUGCACUCGACUAAGGCGGGCAUUUAGAGCGGACUUUUCUUGCAGUGUAUCACCAUACUGUACACUUUUCGCCUUGUUCUACUCUAAAAAGUGAAUAACUUCUUUUAGGUGAUCUGUUGAUCGACCGAACACCCCCGAGCCAGAAGACGAUGGCGGAUUCUAAUAAACUAAACGACUCUUCGCAGCGAAGGCGGUCCCCACGGCUGACUCCUUCCUUGGUAAAUGCUGAAAACAACAACAUGGCGCAUGACAGUAAUGUUCCCGUCAAGCGGUCCAUUACUGUCAGGAAGAUAGCGCCCAGGAAAACAACUCCUGCAUCUGAGCACAAUAAAGAAAACACGCCAAAGCGGCCAGACGAAGGCCAACAGAAAAGGCAAAAGAUUUCCACUCCUGGUCCUGUCCGGGUGAGCCGGCGGUCCUCCAGUGCAAAGAAGAAGGUCGCCGUGCCCUCACCGAUCCUGUCACCACCAACGCCGGGCCAGCGUCGUCCACAGCAGCCAGCAGAGGACCUGAGCGACGCGGUGUGGUCGCAAAAAGUGCGUCGCUCCUACACCAGAAUCAGCGAUAAAUCCUUCAACAGCCCCGACUCCCGAGAGACUCUUUUCGGUUUUGAGAUGCUGCAGACUCCCGAGGUGAGGCGAAGAGGCGGGCGAGGCAAGGUGGCUCUGGAGGUUUCAAGUAUCGCAUCGGGCCCCAGCUCAUUCAUUUUGGACACCGAAGACUGCGUUCCGGAUCUCAACAUCCCCGGGGUGGCAUUGGUGAAGGAGAAGAAGAAGAAGAGCCGGAGGAAGUUGCAGCAGAUUGACGUCACGGAGCUGGACGUGCUUUCGGCCAAGAUGAACGCCGAGUUCCAGGAGGCUGAACAGUUUGAGUUGGUCGUCGAGUGAAAUAAACAUGGAGACUGACAAACACUGAACAGAAGAAAUCUCUUAGCUUGUUGUGUUUAAAGAUAGGCUACUGAGUAUUGUGUUUUUUCAUAUGUUCUACCUUUUUUCUGUUCCUGGUCAUGUAAAUUCUGACAUAAGGGUUUAUCAUAUUAUGAUAUGUGACUCAGGGUUAAAUAUGUUAUUCCGGAAUAAUUUCUCUCUAAAUAGUUAUGUACACAUUUUUUGUUGUUGUCUUUUUUCACUUUUGGUUCCCAAUUGUAAUUUCGCUCAGUAGUCACGUUACAUAAUAUCUGUUGAAAGUCACAUGUAAACUGUGACCGGAGAGUUAAAUUCUUCAGACAUCUUUUAAGCACCUGUUCAUAAUGUCAUAUGGCCAUUAUCUCAAUAUAUUAGUUGUAUUUGUUCUAUUCCGAAAUAAAUAUUCCUGG